AUGCCCUCCUCAAUACCAAUCCAUACGAGUGCCUCGCGGCCUGAUGUCGUCGGCCACAAUCCUCUCCCCUCACUCCUCCAAACACCCUCUGGACUGGCCCUCCUCGAAUUGCAGGGUACCAUAAACCUCCCACCUCCUCCGGAUUCUUCUUCUCCUACGGCUAUGGAUAUCAGUGGACACUAUCCGAGUCAAGAGACACCUAUCGGUCGCUUGGUCUUCCCUGAUUACGAGCAGGGGGUGGAAGGCCAGCAAUGGAUGAAGAAGGUCUAUUUGUACGUGGGCAAGCAUCAACGACUCACUGGCGAGGUUAAAAAGUUACCAAAGGCAAUUGCUGUUAUCAGGAAGCGGGAUGUGGGCACACGAGCCGAUACAAAUGGGAACACAGAGGGGGAUGAAUAUGAGAAUGCGGAGUUAGAGAUCGUGGAGUUGGUCAAGUUCAAGAUUCUCUUCUCUUCGAGGCCAGAGCCUGUGGGAGCUUUGGCAGCUGGAAACUGA